GAUGGAUUGUCAACAGCAGUCAUGGUUGUGGGAUCAAUUAUAUAAGUUUUUCUUAUUUUGACCGUGGUAUAUUUACCCGUGAUUACAGCUGCAGCGUAUAUUAAAAAGUUGCAGAGCAACGCAACUGCGUCUGGAUUGUGAACAAUGUGGCAAAAUCUUUACCGCAGUAUUUAUUCCAGUGGCAGUAACUGCUUCCCUUGACACUGGAGUUGAUUUUUUGUAAAUGUCUGUUACAACACCACACUACGCAUUCAAAUCAUUUUCUCCGUCGUUACUUUCAUUCCCUUCAUGCUUGAGUCUUGUUUUGCAAAGUAAUUUUUUUCUCAAAGACUUCCACUUUCAUGUGCAAAAUCUGCUUGCAGACGUUUCUUUAUCUCCAGCUACUGCUUUUUUUUUUCUUGUGAUGUUAAGCAGUUUUUUAUCACAACAAUUUUACCAUAAUAAUACUGCAGGUGUUCCGUAACACAUACUGCCAAACCGCACUUAGCCUACAGAAGACACAACUGUGUGGUCUUUUUCUUAGUCGUGUGGACUUCAGCAUGACCCACAUUGGCACGGAACUGGAAGAUUUCAGGAAGCAAUGGAAAGAUGAAAUACAGGGUAGGAAAGUAAACCCUCCAGGCAGACAAGGCGAAACUAGCAAAAGACUGAAGAAAGCACACCAACAAAGGGAGUGCCUUGAUAUUUGGCCGCAGCAUUUGGAGCAAGUAGGGCAGGAUGAAUCUGGAGCCGAAGUCAGCAAUUUAAAUAAAAGUACUGUUCAAGUUGCAACAGAAUGUGGUUUGAGCCAUAGCAGCCGAGGAAGAGACAAAAAAGCCAAUAAAGGCAACAAAAACAGAAGGCAUAAAGUGGGUGCAGAUACAGUUUUUGAAUCUCGGAUUCCAGGCAGUGAUGGCCAAAGCUGCGUUAACAGUAGAAAUGAAGACAUUUUUUGCUCCACAAACAGCCCUUCAUAUGUAUGCAUGGACAGUGAUGUAUCAGUGGGAUGUACCCGUGGUGUGAAAAGACCUGAUGUCUGCCAGAAAGUAGAUUAUUUUUAUAUUGCUGAAAGCUUGCUGGAAGGAAGGACCAGUCCUUUACAAAACCGGAUUGAAGAGGAGAAUAACAAGUCUGAGCAGAAGUUCUGUGGGAGCAAACAUCAUAGUGUUGUGAAAAAUGCACGUAAUCACCAUCUGAAACCACAGAGGGAAGAGCUUGUAGAUGUUUUAAUUCAAGACCUGAAUGAAAUAAAUGAAAUCCCUUUCUUUGAUAUUGAUCUGCCUUAUGAGCUGGCCUUUCACAUCUUUAAGUACCUCAGUAGAAUAGAACUUGGAAGGUGUGCACAGGUGAGUAAGACCUGGAAAGUACUUGCUGAAGAUGAAGUAUUAUGGUACCGACUGUGCCAGCAGGAGGGUCACCAUGCCAGUACUGACAUCUCUGAAUAUCCCUGCUGGAAGGCCAUCCUGCGAGACUGCAGAAAUAAAGAACACACCCUUACCAUGAACUGGAAAAACCGAGUUGGAGCAGUUAGCCAGCUGCAGUAUGAUCUGGGAAAAGUCCUAUGUGAUGUCCACUCAUGCAAUGGAGUUGUCGUAGCUGGAUACACAUCAGGAGAUGUGAGGCUUUGGGACAUCCGCACCUGGGACUGUACCGCCUCCCAUCUGGAACCGGCACUGGCUGCCUCUGAACCUGGAUCAAGGCCGCAUGUUGCUUUUGUAAGGAUAAAUUGCACUUUGGCUGCAGCAGCCUAUGAAGAUGGAACUGUUAAUGUGUGGAGUACUGUAUUUAAACGGGAACCUGUCCAUCAUUUCAAGCAUAACCAAGGACUUCAGGCAUUGGCCUUGGGAUUAAACAGUGCAGCUGUCGCAACUGCUUCUGCGUCUGAAGUACAUGUGGAAUCUCCUGAUGAGAAAGGAUAUUGGAAAAGUGCACUACAUUACGAUGUUCAGAAGCAGAUAAGCUUUUUGCAACUGGUGCCAGAUUCAGGGAGCAGUCCUACAGUUGUGGUUACAGCUGAUGACACGGUAUAUCUUCUGAAGCCUCAUGAGGAACCCAGGACCCUUCACACUGUAUAUGGGAAUUCAGUCACAUGUCUUGAUGUCUCAUCAAGUCUUGCUGCAUUUGGUGUCAGAAGCUUUGGCUGGCUGAUGAAUGAUGGAAACAAGGUUCUUAUUCACUGUCUACGGACUGGUCAAUGUCUCGCUUCCCUGGGGAAUUCAGCUGGAGAUUACACAUGCAUUAACCUGAGGGACAGCCCACCUAACCUGGUUGUCACAGGAAACAAGGACAGGAGGGUUAGAGUAUAUGACCUGAGGACAAGUAAAUCUGUAAACUCUCUCCACUCUCAUCACCUUUUGGUUUCCUGUGUCCAGAUGGAUGACUGGAAAGUUGUCAGUGGAGGUACUGAGGGUCUGGUCUGUGUGUGGGACUGGAGAAUGGGAACAAAACUAUGGGAAAUGCAUGCCAGGCACCCAGUUCGCCACAUCCUUUUUAAUGCACAUACACUUGUCACAGCAAACAUUCCAGAUGAGAAGUGCCCCCGUGGAGCCAGUAUUAUGGAUGAUGACCUCACUGCACAUCGCAGGCACCGAGGUACCAUAUAUGUUUAUGAUUUUUUGAUGGACCGGUCUUCUCCAGAGGGUGUUCUACCAAUAUGCCGCUCCUCCUAUGAUGAGUCCACUGGUUACAGCUACAAUAUUGCCCUUUCAAUGCCAUAUGACACCAUAUAGGAACGAAACUUUCUUUGCCUAGGUUCAAAUAUAGUUUAAACAGUAAAUAGAAAACUUCAGCCUUGAUUUGACUCUCUGCAGUACCCUGUUCCAGCAAAGCAGAACUCUACUGUUUCCAGGAGUGGAUCUCAUCUGUGUAAUUUUGAAAAGCAGAGCAGACGUACAGCAUUUAAUAAAUGUUUAAUUUUUAAUGAUCUGUACAAGAAUGUGAAUAUCAUUUGUGAAUUCAGUCUGAUCAGAAAACUGUAUAGUUGUUGUUUAGAUAUGGGGGAUAUAAAACUAUUUCAGUAUGAAUAAUAUCUUGAGAUUCAAGUGGGAACUGUUACCCCAGCUUUUGCACACACUAAUUUUAACCCUUUUGGGCUGUAGUUAAAUGGUAAGAGUUGGCCUUUGGUCAGCUGGUGCCCUAGGCAAAAGGACUCCACAGCACACCCCCCCCCCCCCACACACACACACACACCACUUGGUGCCCUGAUCCUGGCAUACCUCCACCGUCCAGAUUGCUGGAAAAGCGCCCCUGCUAGAGUGGUGUUGGCCUAUACCUAAGGCUGGCUAUGAGGCCGAGAACUGCAUUUGUUUUUUACCUAGAAAGAUUAACAUCAGUUAUGUACAUUUUACUGAUUAUACCAUGUAGAUGUCCAUGUUAUAUCAUGUUAUUUUUAAUUAAAAUUUAGAAUUUCUCACCAUG